AUGACCCAAUUAACUUUUAAUUAUUGUCCUGUUGACGGUGAUCAAUUUCAAGAAGGGGAAUCGAAAUGUAGUUCCUGUGGAUUCGAUAGAAAGGCAAUUAAGGAAAGUCUAACAAAUUCUACUACUUGUGAAGAACCAAAAAAAGCUCCCUGGCGAAAAUUAUUAUGGAUAAAACAAGAUUAUCCAGAUAAUUAUGUAGAUAUAACAUUUUUGGGUGAAUUACAAGAAAAUGUGAAUGUUAGAACAUAUGAUUAUUGGACAGUAGUUAAGGAAUCAACAGUUAUAUCACAACAUAUAAGCAGUGGAACAGUAUUCACUAUUAUAGGUUAUAUAUUCUGGGAUAAAAGUAUUUCCAAGACAGAUCCUUCAUAUGAAUAUAAGAGAUGGAGAACAGCAAAAGGAUUUGCGUUAUUUUUUGCUGCACUUUUAGGAUUAUCACCCAUUUUAAAGACUUUAACGAAAACUAUUAGCAAUGAUACAAUUUGGGCUUUGACUGUAAUCCUAUUUCUUGCUAAUAUGUUAUUUCAUGAUUAUGGAUCUGAUAAUAGAACAAACAUCAAUCUCUCAGCAAAAUUUAAUAUAGCCCUAACUUUCUUAUUGGUUUUUUUGGCUGCCAUUUUAUUCAUGGAUAUAUCAAAAGCAGUUGUUAUAAUAUAUAUUUUGAUGAUUACUUUUAUUACAUUUGUUUGUCCAUAUUGGUUAAUCUGGAUACAAAAAUACAAAAAGGAAAUUCAUGGGCCAUGGGAUGAAGCUAGACCUAAAAUACAAAGGAGAUGA